GAACGUACGUUGAAAAUGAAUAAAUACAUAUUCACAUUUUACAUCGCCGUUCAAAUAUACGCGGCGCAAAGCUACAAAAUACUUGGCAUAUUCCCUUCACUGGACCGCAACAAUUAUGUCACAUACCGGGAUUUAUUCAGAGAGCUGGCGAAUCGAAACCACGAUGUGACUCUCAUUAGCCACUUUCAAUUGCCAGAUGCGCCGGCUACUUAUCGAGAGAUAUUACUCAGUGACAAACAAGUUUACAAAGGACUGUCGUUCGAAUCAGUUAUAGUGAAUGAGAUUUCACGUGUGCCGUUUGAAACGUUAGUGUCUACUAAAGCUGGCAACGAUGACUGCAAGACGCUUGUGAAUAAUAAUCAGGUGUUGCACAUGAUAAGAACUCGGCCUCGCUUUGACGUCAUAAUCACGGAAUCUUAUAAUAGUGAUUGUGGACUAGCGUUGGCCGCAAACUUAACUGCGCCAUACAUCGCUUUCAACCCUCAACCGCUUCAUCCGUGGCACUACAGUAGGUUAGGGAUUAAUUUUAACCCUGCACACGUUCCGCAGUCGUUGCUGCCAUACGGGAAGAAACCUUGGUUCUUUGAACGAGUAAAAAGCUAUGUGUUGUAUCAUAUUACUAAUUGGGUGUAUUACAUAGGAUCCCAAGUGACGGAUCACGUGUACCUGUAUAAAUAUUUAGGGGACGAUGUGCCGACGUUGGAAAACAUCGCAUCGAACGCCAGCUUGGUGUUUGUAAACACGUACAAAUCAGUUUUUGGAGGCGUUGUACGUCCAGAUAAUAUUGUUGACAUUGGCGGAAUACACAUUAGGCCACCGAAAGUUAUACCAACGGAAAUCGAGAGAUUCAUUAACGAAGCGGAACACGGAGUUAUUUACGUAAACUUGGGUUCGUCCGUCAAGGACUCGACGCUUCCUAUAGAAAAAUUAAAUGAACUAGUAUCAACAUUCAGAAAAUUGCCACUUCGAGUACUUUUCAAAUGGGAUGGAGCGAACCUAGAGAACCUGCCAAGAAACGUUAUGACUAUGAGAUGGUUCCCACAAUAUGAUAUCUUAAGACACGAGAAUGUGAAAGCAUUUAUUUCUCACGCGGGAAUACUCAGCACAAUAGAAGCCUUGGACACCGGCAAACCGGUCAUAGCUAUUCCUUUAUUCGGUGACCAGUUCGGUAACGCUGCCGCCCUGGUAGAUGCUGGAGUCGCCAUUGUAGUAAAUUAUGAAAAUAUACGAAAAGAUUUACUACUAGACGCCAUCAACGAUGUUUUAGAUCCAAGGUGGCAACAACAAGCAAAGCAUGUGUCUCGAAUAUGGCACGACCGCCCAAUGACACCGUUAGAAAGCGCCAUCUAUUGGAUAGAAUACGUAGCACGAUACAACGGAGCUCCUAACUUAGUAGUGACAUCUGCUGGUGUACCUUGGUACCAACAGCUACAAUUAGAUGUUUUGGCUUUCCUUGGCCUCGUUAUAUAUGUUUUAUUGUACGUUCUGUAUAAAAUUCUUAGUUUGUGCUGCUGUUGCUGCUGUCCAAAUGAACCUUCAGUAGAAACAGUAACAGAAGAGCAAAGAAGGAAACGAGUAAAGUUUGAGUAAUAGUAUCAUUAUUUACUAAUUAAUUUAUAAAAAUAAGGAAGUCGGGAAAAACGUGAAAAUAUGUCUUCUUUUACUUCUUUAAGCCAGUUGUAAUUACGUGCUAUCUACUGAGGCACGUGUAAUCUAACUGUAAAAGCAGUGAUACUUAAUGUUAAGUGAAACAUUAGACUGGUUUUGUAAUUAAUAAAAUUAAAUUAUUUACGUUUUUAGCUAAA